AUGACCAAGGGGCGCGGGAUGGCCAUCCAGAGAAUCUUUGCAGCGGUCGCGCCCCUUGAAGAUUUUGAUGGUGGGAUGUGGGAAAAUGCGCGGUCUGGCGUACCUGUUCUUGCCGGCCACCGCGGCGAGACUGGUCCUGCAUGGUCAAAAAAAUCAGUGCUCUCUCAUCAAAGGUGUUCAGAAACAAAAAGGGGGCCAACUAAACCAAUCUUCUGCUUUGAACCACGGCAGAGAGAUCGACAGGACCUGGUCGGACACCAGCGCCAAGUUCUUGGCCGUGGGCCCGUAGCCUUGCGGGAGCUUGGACAUCAAAGCCGGUGGGCUAGGCUAGUUCAGCCUGCCCAAAGUGGCCAGCACGCAGACCAGUAUUCUCACCACACACCAGCGACUCAUCAUGGCAUCCCAAGCGGAGGAGAAAACCAAGGAGACCUCAUAGUUGGUCAAGCAGAUGAUGGGCUGGGGGGAUCAGAAGGCCCAGAAGAGACGAACAACACCACCACGCGCCUGUUUGACCUCGACUCAAGCAUCCUUCUCAGCCACCUCGAGUCCACGCUCAUCCGGAAAGCCUUCCAUCUUGCCCCCUCUACCUCCUCCGCGGCGCCUCCUUCUGGCACAGGCUCUGGAGCCGAGCCCGAUUGGGGAUGGGACAUGCAUGCGCAUCUGGACCAGGAUCUGGGGCUCAGUUGGGCGGCGCGGGAUGCGAAUAAUCUGCAUGAGAAUGCGGAUGUGGAUGCGGUCACUCGGGACGGUGGACAUUUGAGUACACAUGCCCUUCUCCGCUGA